AGAUUUCAAUCUCUCUUUAUUAUAUAAAAAUAACAUAAAAUACACAUAAUGAGUUUGAAGAAAGGAGAAGUUAAUCUUGGUACUUCCAUUAUGGCAGUAGCUUAUAAAGACGGUGUCAUUCUCGGUGCUGAUUCACGUACAACAACAGGCGCCUACAUUGCUAACAGAGUUACAGAUAAAUUAACUAAAGUUCAUGACACUAUUUACUGUUGUCGAUCUGGAUCUGCUGCAGAUACACAAGCUAUUGCUGAUAUUGUUCAUUAUUAUCUUCAAAUGUACACUGUUCAGGAAAAUGAAGCACCUACAGUUCGUACAGCUUCAGCUUUAUUCCAAGAAUUAUGUUAUCAAAAUAAAGAUAAUUUAACAGCUGGUAUUAUUGUUGCUGGUUGGGAUAAGAAGGAUGGACCUUCAGUAUAUAAUAUUCCUCUUGGUGGUUCUCUACAUAAAGCACCUUUUGCCAUUGGAGGUUCUGGAUCAACUUAUAUUUACGGUUAUUGUGAUGCUAAUUAUAAGGAUGACAUGACACGUGAAGAAUGUGAAAACUUUGUCAAGAAUUCUUUGGCAUUAGCAAUGUCUCGUGAUGGAUCUUCUGGUGGUGUUAUUCGUUUGGCAGUUAUUACAAAAGAUGGCGUAGAAAGAAAGUUUAUUCCCGGAAAUGAAUUACCAGUUCAUUGGGAAGGAUAAAUUGCAAAGUAUAUAAAAAUAACUUUAAUAAAAAUUUAUUUGUAAAAGCUGUGAA